GAAUCAAAAUGCGCAAAUUUCUACUCGUGAACGGUUUAAUAACCAUGAAAUUCGUCAACGGGUUUUUAUACCUCGUUCAGAUAACGCACCAAAUUUAGCAGAAUAUUACACCAACGUUAUGAGUAUUAUGUCAAAUCUCACUGACAGGGUUGAAUCUUUAUCCCGUAGAAAUGACCUCAUUCAGAUUGAGUUAUCUGGUGAAAAUGUUUCCCAUAAUGUCACAUUUCACGUCGAUGAAAACCCGAGCAACAUUUUAUCUGAAUUUACAGAAUUUCUAGAUCAUUUAAUUCAAUCCGACGGACAGAUAGAUUCAGAAAAUGAUUUAGAAUUCAUCAUUCAAAUUGUUAAAAAUCCGAGGGGAGGAAUCAAGCGGAAAGCUGAAAAGUCUUUGGACACAGAAUUAAUAAAUAAAAAGAAAAAACAUCUAGUCAUCGUCCCUGAACGAAAUGAUCAAUUCCAUUCAAAAAUUUGA